AUGAACCAAUUUUGCUUCGUGUGCAACACAAAAGGUGCUAUCUCUUUAAGGAAUGCUGUAAAACUUUUUGAAGAAAAUACAGUCUUACAAUCAGGAAAGAGCCUUCUUGAGGUGCUCAGUGAAAUUGUUGAGAAGCCCAUAAAAGAGGACAAUGCGUACUCAAAAAUUAUCUGCAAGAAAUGUUAUAAGAUGUGCACCGAGUACGAUUCUAUACAAGUCAGAUUAAAAUCUAUAAAGGCGAAUCUCCUCGGGCAAUUCAAGAAGACGUUGCCCGAUCACAAUCUGAACUAUGACAGCUUCAACAAAGAGCUCACCAGUAAAAGCAUUCUUAUUCCGGCGUCUAGUGAGAAAAAGCCGGACGGGAAAAAAAUCGUGUUGCCAGCAUCCAAACUGCAACCGCUACCGCCCAAUUACGUGAUUAAAUCUCAAAAAUGGCCAACCUUAACCAAACCCGCUGUUAGUCUCGCUGCGAAUCUCAACCCAGAGAUAAGGAUAUUGUCACCAUCUACACUAAACUUGAAAGUUACCGUCGGUUCGUCCGUCCUCACGCAAAGCAUCAAAACGACAGGCGCACUGUCAAAUAAAACCCUACAGAAAGUCGUCGUACCAAUACCAAAUCAAAACCCUAAACCUGUGGAUACCAAUGUGUCGCCAAUGAAGUCCCGAACUAGUCAAAGAACGAAAAAUAUAUUGGACGUUGUGACGUCACAGAAGAGCGCAGCAGUGACGUCAACAGUGACGUCAGCACAGCAAUCCCUAUCCUCGAUCGUGACCACGAAAACGAAUCCGGUUCUGAGUUUUAACGUGAACACGCUACCCAAAGAUUUCUUAUCAUCGGCGGUCUUGACCAGGAUCAGCGAUUGCGUAUCAAACGAUUUAGAAGAAAUAAUCGAGAAGGUAGAAGGUGACGAUGCUAAAAUUGAAAAUGAUUUGGACACCAACGAGGACCAGCCGAUGGAAAUUGAUGAAGAUUGCUCUUUAGCAGUUAUAGCAGCGACAGAAGACUGCAAUAAGUUGGUUUUCGCAAAUGCUUCCGACCAGAACGACGACGAGAAGUCGAAGUCAAAUAACUAUUUCGACGUAAACUUACUUUCUAGCUUGGACAGUUCGACUAACGACGGUCCGGGAAGCGAGUCUCCAGAUAAAUAUGUACUGGGCAAGUUUGAAAUAUUGGACGAGAGGGAUGAGGACGACGGCGAGGAAGAACAUACAAUAGUUAUGGACGGGGAGAACGGUUCGAUUAUACACGUGGUGUCUGGACAGAAGUUUUUGUAUGGUGAUAACGAAAUAUCGAUUAUGGUGCCGGAAGGAAGUAGCUUGGACGACAACGAUAAUGGGGAUAGCCAAGAUUCAAACGACGAGCAAAUAGAGUUGCAAGUGGCCGGCGAUGAGGAAACUGCUAACGCAAUCAUUGCGGCUGCACAGGAACAGGGCGGAGCAUUCAUAAAGGUGGAAUCGGGAGAGAUGUUCCAAGUCAAGUCUGUUGAGAGCAAGACUGAGGAAGACCAAGAUGACGUCUGCAAUGAUGAUUUACAAAUGGUGGUAGCUCAAGAUAAUGGACAGUUCAAGUGUUUGCUAUGCGAGAAAAACCAAUCCAAAGGCGGAGAGAGUUUCAGCGGCGACGCGGCGGCCACGAUGCAACAUCUUCGCUCCGUGCACGACGCGCGGCUGCAUAUCUGCGCCAUUUGCGGCCAAGUGCUAAGGAAAAAGGCCGACUAUCUCAGUCAUUUAGAGAAGCACUCGAACAAACUGCAAAGCGAUAAAAGCAAGGCCCACGAGUGUACAAUAUGUAAAAAGAAAUACAGCUCGCGGCAGCUGCUAGGCGAGCACAUGAACUCGCACAGCGGCAGCCGCCCGCACUCCUGCCCCGUGUGCGCCAAGAGCUUCGCCUCCAAGUACACGUACCAGUCGCAUCUCAAGACGCAUCUGGAUCGACCACGUCCAUUCAAAUGCGACCAGUGUGGGAAAUCCUUCCUUACACAGCAAAAUCUCAACCAGCACGAAAAAACGCAUUCAGGUGUUAAGGACUUUGUCUGCAAUGUUUGCAACAAAGCCUUCGGUACCCAACACAACCUCGAAGUUCACGGCGUGGUGCAUUCAGGCAAUCGGCCAUUUGUAUGUGGUGUUUGUGGGAAGGCAUUCGCGAGACGAGCUGAAGUUAGAGACCACAUGCGCAUUCACACCGGCGAGCGUCCGUUCGCGUGUGACGUGUGCGGCGCGCGCUUCACGCAGCGCUCCAACCUGCACUCGCACCGGCGCGCCACGCACCUGGACGACCGGCGCCACCGCUGCCAGCUCUGCCCCAAGCGCUUCAAGCGCCGCAGAUUGCUCGACUACCACGUGAAAGCGUCACACACAGGCGAGCGGCCAUUACAGUGCGAAGUGUGUCAAGCCACCUUCGUGUAUCCUGAACAUUUCAAGAAGCACAUGCGCAUACACAGCGGUGAAAAGCCCUACCUUUGCGAGGUGUGCGGCAAAUCGUUCAACUCGCGCGACAACAGAAACACGCACCGUUUCGUACACAGCAGCAAGAAGCCGUACGAGUGCGUUGUUUGCGGCGCCGGCUACAUGCGCAAACAGCUGCUGUACCAUCACAUGAACACUAGCGGUCAUUUAGCCGAGUCCAUAGUCGUGAAUCAACCAAGAGUUUCGACGAUCCCCGAAAAUGUUGUAACAACUUCAACGCCAGUCGUGUUGGACUCUGGCAAUGGAUAUGCAGAGAAGUUCACGGACGCGAUGUUCGAAGCAACAGAGGCACUACAAGCGCAAUCCACUGAGAAAUCCAUUGUAAGUACAUCCGAAGCUGACGCCGCUGCGAAGUUGUUCAUAACGGACGAUAAGAAAAUUAUCCUGCAAGAUGGUAAAUCCACAAUAAAUUUAUUGCAAGACAACGAGGAAACCCCUCUAUUGACUAUACAUAAUAUAAAUGACAACAUAAAAGAUGGUUCCAUUUUGGAAGCAGUCACAACGGAACAGCUGGUAGGAGAAACACAGGAAAUAACAACAAGCGAGGCGUCAGGCACUUCGGGCAUGGUGAGACUGGUGCAGGUGCAGCUGCCAGAUGGCAGGAGUGGCUGGCUCGCUGUCGACUCGUAA